AUACGUUUCCCAAUCAAAGCAACGCCAUCGCCAUGGCUGAAGCUUCAAGAAUUCUCCAAACCACUCUAAUUUCCACUUUCUCGCAGAACCCAUCUCAAUAUACACUAAAAGCCCACUCCCAUCACUACAUUCCACCUUCCACCUCGAAAAGAAGCAACCUUUUUCAUCGAAUUCGCUGCUCAGUGUCCACCGCCAGCACCGGCGGAGAAAGCGCCACCGGGACCACCAUCCCUUGGGGCUGCGACGUCGAAUCGCUUGAAAAUGCAUCGGCUUUGCAGGAAUGGUUGUCCAAGUGUGGGCUUCCUCCCCAGAAGAUGGCUAUACAGAGAGUGGACGUUGGAGAGAGGGGACUUGUUGCUUUGAAGAAUAUUAGGAAAGGCGAGAAGUUGCUUUUUGUGCCUCCCUCGCUUUUCAUCACUGCUGAUUCUGAGUGGAGCUGUCGCGAGGCUGGUGAGGUGCUAAAACAGUACAAUGUGCCGGAUUGGCCGCUGCUUGCUACCUAUUUGAUUAGUGAGGCAGGUCUCAUGAAUUCUUCAAGAUGGAGUAACUACAUUUCAGCCUUGCCGAGGCAACCCUAUUCACUUCUGUAUUGGACUCGUGCAGAGUUAGAUAGAUAUCUGGAAGCCUCAGAAAUAAGACAGCGUGCAAUUGAGAGGAUCAAUGAUGUAAUUGGAACGUAUAAUGACUUAAGAGACAGGAUAUUUUCCAAGUAUCCCGAUUUAUUUCCUGAUGAGGUAUUCAACAUGGAGAGCUUUAAAUGGUCAUUCGGCAUUCUUUUUUCUCGCUUGGUUCGCCUACCCUCAAUGGAUGGAAGGGUUGCCUUGGUUCCUUGGGCGGAUAUGCUGAACCAUAGUUGUGAGGUAGAAACAUUUCUAGAUUAUGAUAAAUCAUCCCAGGGAGUUGUUUUCACAACUGAUCGAGCAUAUCAGCCAGGUGAGCAGGUUUUCAUAUCAUAUGGAAAGAAAUCUAAUGGAGAGCUGUUGCUUUCUUAUGGAUUUGUUCCCCGGGAAGGCACUAACCCUCGUGACUCUGUUGAGUUGUCACUCUCACUUAAAAAAUCUGACAAAUGUUACAAAGAGAAGUUGGAAGCUUUGAAGAAGCAUGGACUAUCUGCGUCACAAUGUUUUCCGAUACAAAUCACUGGUUGGCCUGUCGAGUUGAUGGCAUACGCUUACCUCACCGUAAGCCCUCCAAGUAUGAAAAACCGGUUUGAUGAGAUGGCUGCUGCUGCAUCAAACAAGACGGCAUCCAAGAAGGCGAUAGUAUAUCCUGAAAUAGAGGAGGAAGCUCUACAAUUCAUCCUGGAUAUGUGCGAGGCCAGCAUAUCAAAGUACUCCAAAUUUCUUCAGGCAAGUGGAUCCAUGGAUUUGGACGUGACGAAUCCGAAGCUUCUGAACCGAAAACUGUUCUUGAAACAGCUAGCUGUGGAUCUAUGUACCAGCGAACAGAGAAUACUCUUUCGUGCACAAUAUAUACUAAGGCGGAGAUUGAGAGAUAUAAGGAGCGGAGAAUUACGGGCUCUGAGGAUUUUUGAUGGUUUCAGAAAGUUAUUCAACUGAGCAAUACAUGUUGUAUUGGUAAUGGUGGAUAUAUGUAUAUGCAAAAAGAUUUGAUCAAAGGUUGUCUGGUUUAGAUUAUUGCAUCUCUUCAGUUUUCGAACUACUUGUUUCAGGAUGUUCUCUUCUGUGUGUUGCAAUAUUGGCAUUGUUGAUUCA